AUGACCCUGCCGGUGCCCCGGUUCUCUGUGCCCACCACGCUGGCCCUGGGCUCGGCCGCCCUGGGAGCUGCCUUCGCCACCGGCCUCUUUCUGGGACGACGCUUCGCCCCGUGGUGGCCCCGCACGGAGAAGCGCCUGCUGCCCCCGGAGGACAGCCCCCUUUGGCAGUACCUGCGGAGCCGCUCGGUGCGGGAGCACCCAGCGCUGCGGAGCCUACGGCUGCUGACCCUGGAGCAGCCGCGGGGGGAUUCCAUGAUGACCUGUGAGCAGGCCCAGCUUCUUGCCAAUCUGGCGCGGCUCAUCAAGGCCAAGAAGGCGCUGGACCUAGGUACUUUCACGGGUUACUCAGCCCUGGCACUGGCACUGGCCCUGCCCCCAGCCGGACGCGUGGUCACCUGCGAAGUGGACGCAGGCCCCCCAGAGUUGGGGCGGCCCUUGUGGAGGCAGGCGGAGGAGGAGCACAAGAUCGACCUGCGGCUAAAGCCCGCGCUGGAGACCCUGGAUGAGCUCCUGGCCGCGGGCGAGGCGGGCACCUUCGACGUGGCGGUGGUGGACGCGGACAAGCAGAACUGUGCUGCCUACUAUGAGCGGUGCCUGCAGCUGCUGCGACCCGGGGGCGUCCUCGCCAUCGUCAGUGUCCUGUGGCACGGGGAGGUGCUAAGGCCUCGGCAGCAGGACUUGGAGGCCCAGUGCGUGCGGAACCUGAACGAGCGCAUCCUGCGAGACGCCAGGGUCCACAUCAGCCUCCUGCCCCUGGGCGACGGCCUCACGCUGGCCUUCAAGAUCUAG